AUGCUGGUGGUCCUACUCACAGCAGCCUUGUUGGCCCUGAGCUCAGUCCAGAGCUCAAAUGAAGAGCUCAUCUAUGAAGAUUCUUUAACACGGCUCUUAGAGGAAGAGCAGCAAACCCAACCUCAUCAGAGACCCCCACCUGGAGAAUUACCCCCACAACUUUCUGCAUCUGAUGAAGAUGGUGAUGAUGAUGAAGAAGAUGGAGAUACACCAGAGAGACCACCACAGCAAGGAGACAACCUCCACAAACCUCACCCUCCGAGACCUGGAAACCACCACGGAGGCCCUCAGCAGAAUCACCCUCCUAGACCUGGAAACCAGCAAGGCCCACCCCAGCAGGGAGGCCCUCAGCAGAAUCAACCCCCUAGACCUGGAAACCAGCAAGGCCCACCCCAACAGGGAGGCCCACAGCAGAAUCGCCCUCCUAGACCUGGAAACCAGCAAGGCCCACCCCAGCAGGGAGGCCCUCAGCAGAAUCGCCCUCCUAGACCUGGAAACCAGCAAGGCCCACCCCAGCAGGGAGGCCCUCAGCAGAAUCUCCCUCCUAGACCUGGAAACCAGCAAGGCCCACCCCAGCAGGGAGGCCCUCAGCAGAAUCGCCCUCCUAGACCUGGAAACCAGCAAGGCCCACCUCAGGAGGAAAGUGAAGAACAGCCAAGUUCCCUGGAGACAUUUUAUGCAUAA